GGCGGCGCCAUCUUGAGAGCGGGGCGGCGCAGGGCGUCCCCUCCCCGGUGCCGGGAGCGCGCGGGGCCCGGGCAGCUGGGGCUGGUGUUUGUGCCCUGAGAACACCCCCUGUCUGUAUAUGGGGUUGGACACUGCCUGCCUGUGAGGACAGCACAUCUCAUCUGAGUGAAUUGGAGUCUAGUGUUGGCUUCUCAAUGUUUGUAGUCUUGUACUUCUUGAGAUAGAUGUUUCAUGCUGAAUGUAAAGUAAGACCCUUGGAGUAUCAAGAUGAAAUGACAGUUGAACCACAUUCUAAAAAAAUGAAAUCAAAGGAAGAGAUUUAUGCUAAGCUUUGUGAUGAUGAUUUCCAAGGAUCUCAUGAGAAAACAGGAACUCAGAGAACAUCCAAUGAUUUGAUACCUUCAUCCAUCUCUGAUAACCAAGACAAACAUGAAGCACAAAAGCAGGAGAAUGAAACUACAGUUGAUUUGGAGCUAUCAAAUGAAGUAACCCUUUAUUAUAAACCCAUGCUUAUAGAAUCUACUGAUUCAGAGAACAUACAGAACACAAGUCCUUCAUAUGUAUCAAAAAAUGAUGCUGAGAUAACAAAAAAUAAUUGCACUUCUGAAACUGAUUAUCUUGAUAAAUCUAGUGUGAAGGAAGAAAGCAAUAAAUCAUUUGAAGUAAGUGAUGGCGAGGUGGCAAUUGAGGAAUUUAGUACAAGCAAAGCAUUUAUUGGACCCAUAUACAAAACUGAGAACAAGCAGGAUAAAACCAAGGAUUAUGCUGAACUUAGCACAGGUGAAGGGGAGCAAAAUGCAUUACUUGGUAGAAGAACUGAGGAAGAAAGGGUAAAGAAAACAAAGGCCAUCUCCUGUGAUAAAGAAGAAAUAGAUGAUGAAUUAUACCGGUUUUAUGAAGAAAUUCAGCAGAUUGAAACCAAUAAAGAUAAUUUAGGAGAUAACUUGGAAGAAACAGAAAGCCAGUCUUCUCAGGAACAAUAUACAGAACGUAAUUACAAGCAGACAUCUUGUGGUCAAGGUAUCUGGUACACUAGCACACAGUCACAUUAUGGUAACCAGCAGUAUUUCAGUAAUGAACAAAGUGGCCAGAGAACAGGCAAUGAACAGUGUUUUGAAAAUGAAACAAAUAGCCAGAGAAUAGACAAUGAGCAACAUUUUGGCAAUCAAACAAGUGGCUGGAGAACUGAGAAUCCUUCUAAUGGACAAGAGGAUUACCCUGAACCAGAAAAGGUUUCUAACUUCUGGAACUUUUCAGUGCCUCAGUGCAGGCCUGCAUGGCAGUCAACACAAUCUUUCAUAGUACCUCAGGGUCCUCUUCCUCCUAGAUUCAGCCAUCAUUUAGAUUUUCAAACAAUUAGGUCAUCACCACACCAACCAAAUACUUUUCAUCCUCAUGAUGUUCAACCUUCUCAUAAGAAGUUUCCUGAUUACCAUGGAAAUAAUAGUCAUGUUAACUGGAACCAUCCUUUGUCCGCUCAGAAUUGCAGAUGUGUUGGUAAUAUUGAUAUCCAUAAUAUUCAGGUCUCCAGGAAUGGAUAUAGUGACAAGGAUAUACCUGUGAAUGAUCGUUUGAGUGAAACCAGAGAAGAUUGUUGGAAGGAUACUAAAACUUACCAAACCAAAGGAGAACACAGUUUUUCUUUCCAGCAGUUUCCGGAGGAAAAAUUGUGUGGGUCUCAAAAAUUACUCCUAAUUUUAAGAGGCCUUCCUGGUUCAGGGAAAACAACAGUAUCUUGUGUUCUACUUGGUCAAAGUCGUGAUGGCGUUGUAUUCAGCACUGAUGACUAUUUUAAUCAGCAAGAUGGAUAUACCUAUAAUGCUGGUCAGCUUGGUGAUGCUCAUGACUGGAACCAGAAGAGAGCAAGACAAGCAAUGGAACAGGGAAAAUCUCCAAUUAUAAUAGACAAUACUAAUACUCAAGCCUGGGAAAUGAAGCCGUAUGUAGAAAUGGCUCUAGAAAAAGGCUACAUAGUAGAAUUCCGCGAGCCAGAUACAUGGUGGAAGUUUGACCCUGAGGAAUUAGAAAAGAGGAAUAAACAUGGGGUCACACGUGAGAAGAUUGCUCAGAUGUUGGAUCGAUAUGAAUAUCAAAUAUCCAUACCUAUUGUAAUGAAUUCAGUGACACCACCUCACAAAAGUACACAAAGGCCACCUCCACAGCGAAGACAGAGGGAAACAGAUUUAAAGAAGAAACUUGGACACCGAGUGAACAAAACAAAACAGAGAAAAAAGCGAAAAAGAGGCAAAAAACAAAAAAAUAGCCUUUUUAACAUCAGGGAGAGAAAGUCAGAUGGAGCACCUCAUCAUCUAAUUCCUGCUGAUCAGGAAACUUCAGAGAGUGAAGAGGAAGAUUCAGAAGAAGAGAACAGAAAAUCAGCUUGUACGUUCAAUGGAGAUGCAGGAGAUCCAAUAGGUGGUUGUGAAGAUGGUUCUACUGGUGAUGAUGUUGAAAGUAUAGAAUCUACAAAUCUUAAGAAAGAAGGUUUUCCUUUUGCUGUGUCUGAGACUUCAGCCACGUUUGACAAUCCAUCGAAAAACAACUUGCUUGCAGAAGAUAAAAAUCCACUUCUAAUAAAUUCAACAUCCUUUUCUAAUGAUAACAUAACUGAACAUACAGCUGAUGCACAGCUGACAGAUGAAAAUCAAAAUAAAAUCCUCUUGGAGAAAGAAAACAAUUCAUUAAAAAAAAAUUAUCAAAAUUCUAUCAUAACAGCAGAACACAGUAGUGACGAUUAUAAUACUGUGAUGUUAAACACUGAAGACAAAUGUAAAUCAGGUCAAAUUACAUGCGGACCAAAAGAAAAUCUUUCUCACCUUUAUGAUUUAAAAGAAUCUGAAACUUCCAUUGUCUUGUCCGAUAAAAACAUAAAUGAUAAACAUAUAUCAAAAAGUAAUAGGAAUUACUCAAAUGCAUGGGCUUUUUUUUCAAUUAAUUUAGGUGAUGAACAAUUACAGCUGGACUCUGAUAGGCAGACUUCUCUCUCUGCAUGGCCUGAGAGCACCCAUAAAUUUAUAUGUGAGCAAAGACCAAAAAAAGUGAGGACACCCAAACAGACAUAUUCUGACGACACCGUAGAACUAGCUUAUCAUCAUUCUAAUGAAGAAAUAGAAAAACAAUCCAGUCAGCAAACAUUCAAUGAAGAGAUUGUUAGUGUACCACGUGAUAGCCUAUCAUCUUUGAUUGACAGAAGAGAGAGUAUUUCAUUCCAAGAAUCACAAGACACCUCCACAAGCAGCUUUCAUGAAGUAAAUUCUGAAUAUGCACCAGCUGUGCCAAAGAAAAAAACACGCAAAAGGAUACUCAAAUUGGCACCAAACUUUAAUAUACCAAGACAUAUUGCUAUUAGUACAGAGGAAGGACAGAAGGAUGUUCCUUUACAACAUGAUCGCUUAUCAGAAAGCAUUUUGGAAAUGAAACAAAAGAAAGUUUUCAAUAAGAAAAAUGGAGAAAGGGAUGACCAAAUCUUUAAAAUUCAUGAAUUGCAACCAUCUUCUAAUAAUGAUGAGCUGAUAGAGUCUUCACCUAACUGUUAUGUGAAAUCUCUUUUGCCUGAUACUUUGUAUGAUCGCAUGGGACAAUCUGGUGCUUCUUCAGUUCAGAAGUUUCCCAAUAGCUUGUGUAUAGUUUCUUCAACAACUGAGGAAGAAAUCCCACCUGUUAAACAACAAAAGAUAUGUGAUAAAAAAGAGGGUGAGCAAGAACAAGUCUCUUCUGAGGUCACAACUAGUCACCCAGAUAUCUUGUCUUCUGUUAAAGUCAUUUCUGAAUGUUCUGCAGACUGUAUUAUGUUUGAAAGCUGUGGGAAUGGUAUAGAGAAAACUGAACCACCAGAAGUCUCACAAAUUGAAGAUAAACAAGAUUCUCUAGAUGCUAAAUCUAAUGUUCUGGAUCUUCCUUUAUCAUUAGGAUUUGCUUUUCAGCUUGUGCAGCUUUUUGGUUCUCCUGGAGUUCCACUUGAAUCUUUGUUGCCAGAUGAUUAUAUAGUUCCUCUUGAUUGGAAAGUAUCAAAGAUGAUCUAUUUCCUGUGGAAGACAUCUGUGGAGGAAAAACAGAAGAAGAAUGGCUUUCAAAAUGGGAAUUCCUUGGUUGAAAUUUCUCAUCUUGGCUCUACCAUGGAAGGCCCCAGUUUACCAUCAAGUAUCUGAAAUGUAAGGGAUAACCUGGGAGAAAUAUACUCAGUUUCAAAUGUUGUGCUGAAACCAUGGCCCCCAAGAAUCCUUAUACUUUCUACUCACAUGCCACCCGUUCUGCUUAUAAAUAAAGUCAAUGUAUGAUCACUACUUCUUUGUCAAAGGUCACUUUCAGAAGCCUUCUAAAUCCAUGCUUUCCUUGUACAUCUCUGUAUGUUACAGAAAGACUGAAAGUAAAACUAGUUAUUUGGGUCAAUUUUUUAGUUUGAAACAGAAAAGCUACAAAUUUCUGUACUGACUGAUUUCUGUUUUUUUUUUCUUUUUUUUAAACAAAACAGACAAACAAGGGUCUAUUGUCUAUAUAAACUGUGCUUCAGACUCUUUUGUUUUGUUUGCAUCUAAUUCACUGGAAACACUUGCUAUAAAGCACCAAAAAGUGAUAGCUUGCAGGUUACGAUGCAUGACUGCUUAGAGAGAUAGCCAACUAUUGAUGGCUUCUUCAUGGCUCUUGUUUUUGUGGCAAGUUAAGUAAUUUGUUGUAAAUCUGCCUUCUUUUUUCCUAUUUAUCCUCCUGCUUCUGUUACUGAUAUUUUAUUCUUUGGUUCUUCAACACAGUAUUUAAAGCUAGUUGUCAGCAGUCUUUCUUCCUUGCUCAAUAGAUGCACAAUAUUGCCAUGUUCAUGUUAACUGUGCCUUGAAUCCAGGCUUUUGGUUUUCUUUAGACUAGAUUGGUGUAUGGGUUUCCUUAUAGAAGUGAGUAGAAAUCACCUUUGAUUUUCAUUAUGGAGCUGGAUCAAAACCCAUUUCUGUUGAUGGACUUUUGAUCAGACCUAUGUGGACAUUGAGUAGUUAUCAGUUUGGUACUUCCAUUUAUGAUUUUUUUUUUUUUUUUUUUGUCUAAAACCCUCGGGACAACUCAUGGAAAAAAAUUUAAAUAAUCUAAUCUAAAAAGAAUUCUGUUUGGGGUAUAACGCUUUUUACUUCACCAUUAAUUUUCUGGAGUUUUUUUCCCUUCAGCAUUUAUCAUCUAGUUGCUUAUUCCCUAUCUAAAACCAUAAUCUGGCUAGUAACAUCUCCAUUUUUUAAAUUAUUUUGAUAUCUGUAAUAGAUUAGCCAUUUUUGUAUAGGGAAUGAACAGUAAAGACAGAUUAACAAUUAACAUGUAUAUAUGACCACAUAAAAUUUAGAUUCAUUAGAAGUAUUUUAAAGACAUGAAAAUUGGAGAGAAAUGGGGAAAAUGGGUACAUAGAUUGGGCUAAAUUAAACAGGAGAUGCAUUUGACUCAAUAUCUGAGAGGAUUUCACAGUUUUUGGAAUCAUCAGUGUAUUUUUAAAUUUUCUCUUUGUGGAAGGUAUAGGUGUAGUGUCGUUCUCUUGGGCUUAUAGCAUUUUAGGAGAAAGCACAAAAUCAUACCACUACAGACAACCCCCGCUUAACGUGGUUUCAGUUGGCGCUGUUUCACUAUAGCGCUCAGUGGAAUCGGGGUUUCAGCAGGCAGGCAGGCAGGUGAGUGGGUGGUAGUGAGUGGGCAGGCAGGCAUGAGGGCCCAGGGCAGGACAGCAGAAGCAUGGGCACAAGCUGGCACAUGGUGCUGGAGCGAGCAGGGGGUGUGGAGGCAAGCAGCUGCAAAAGAGGGGAGGAGUGUGGGGCCCAAGCCAGUGCCCAGGGCCAGGGCCAGCACGGGGCUGCACCUAGGGGGAGGGGCAGGAGCAUGAGGCCUGCGCUGGUGUGUGGGGCCAGUGGAAGGCCCACAUCCAGAGCACGGCGGCAGGAGCGCUGGUGCCCGGGCUGGAGUGGGCAGAGCUGGGGUGGGGAGAAGUGGCAGCAACAGAGGCAAGUAGUGCAGGGCCCAUGCCAGGGGCAGGGCUGGCUGGGCCGGUGCCCAGAGUGGGGCAGCAAGAGCGCAGGGCCCACAUCAGUGCCCAGUGGCAGGGGCUGGUGCCCAGGGCGGGGCAACAGUAGUGCCAGUGCCCAGGAAAGCAAGAGGGGUGGGGCGAGGUGGCAGUAAUGAGAAGCAACUAGCGGGGCCCAGGCAUGAGUGUGGGACCUGUGCCAGUGCCCAGGGCCAGGACCUGCAGGGGCCCAGAGCGGGGCAGUAGGAGCACGGGCCUGGGCUGGUACAUGGGGCUGGAGUGCCAGCAGGUGGGUCAGGGAGUGGGGAGAGGCGGCGGGGGGGCAGGCAGUAACCAAUUAAUCUCUACUUAGAUUCAUUUCUAUGGGGAAAUGGGUCUCCCUUAGCCUAGUUCUGCUUAAUGCUCAGCUUUUCUGGAACCAAUUAAGAGCGCUAAGCAGGGGUUGCCUGUACCCAUAAUGCUGUGGGUUAGAGCUCUCAGUCUUGCCAUGAAUCUAUCUUUAAGCUGGCACUCUCCUACUGGGUGUGUCUGGGCACAGUAAAGAGUGAACCACUUUUCAGGGGUGUUGCAGAAGUGGUCAAAUAAUGCUGAAUGAUCAGCACUUCUGCCUAAAGAAUGGAAUAAAUACAAGUAUGAGAAUGAGGAACCUAGCACACAACAGCUUCACAUGAACUUGAGGAAAAAGAGGGGGGGAAAUGAGAGGAAAAGUACAUAACAGAGAAGGGCAGAGGAAAAGGUGGGUAAGGGCAGUGCUGUGGAUUUAUAGUAAGCAGUAAUAACACACAGAAGUAGGAAAUGUAAAAACAGGCACAGACAUGAAGAAUGACAAUAGAGAGAGAAGGUGAGGAGGAAAAGAAACAGACAGACCAGCAGCUCUAAAGCAUAACUAUAUCUAAACUUAUUACCGCGCUGUUUGCAAAGCACUUGGUGGAUGCACUGUUGUGCUUAAGUAUUUUUUUUCUUGGGUGGAAAUGUACAUUACUGUUACCAGCAUGAACUCUCUAGAACAGGGCUCUCCAGCUUUUAAGCUCUUUUUUGGUUGGCAAUCCCUCUCAGUCAAGAUUUAUUGAUUGAUUGUCUUCCACGAUUGAUUUAUCUGUGGGUCCAAAGAUGGCUGAUAAGGCUGAUCGAUAGACUGUUGCAACUUGGAUAUGUUUUUUGGGGAGGGGGUAGAUGGGGGUGGACUCGGGAUUCUUGAUUUGGUCUGCUGUAUGCUGUUCCUGCAGCUUCUGCUUUUCCUUUUCCUGUUGUAAGGUUUCAAAGUGCUAAGAUCCUUGCAGCAGACUCUUCCUCCAUAAGCAGCUGUGGGACACAGCAGUGGAGACUCACCAUGGGCAUCCCCCCCCCACACACUGUUGCACCAUGCACCUGUGCAGGCCUUUUUUUCCUCCUUUGCAUUGUGUGCACAGCUCCAGGCUCACCCUCAAAUCCCCCUUCCAUGCUUGCCACACUGCCCUGACCCCUGGGCCAGAAGCAGGCAUCAAAAUCUGGAGGAGGGGGUGGAGACUGGAGACUGGUAACCAGAGCAAUGGGGAAGCAGUGACUAGGCAGGAGCCCUGGGGGCAGCAACUUACCCCUUUGAGGGUUGCAUGUGGCCAGUGGGCUACAAGUUGGGCAGCGUGGCUCUCGAAAGUAUUAUAGUAUGCAGGUCAUUCCAGUAUUCAACACUUCCAUAAUUUUACCUUAAGUACAAGUGGCAUUAGGAUAGGGAAUGUUUAAUUUCAAGAAACCUUUACCCAUGCAGUAAUAUAAUGCUUUAUUUAUUUCCUAUUUGUAUUAAUUUGACAAAGAAUUGGAAUCGGAGUACAUUUACUUUGCAUUAAAAUCUAAUAUUGUGAACUGAGUAUUCAAAUUUCAGAAUAUUUGAAAUAAAGAAUUUCAAAACCUCACGGGAGGUUAUGAAGAU